GCGAACCGGCCCGACGCACGAGACCCUGCUUCCUCCUUCCUUCCUGCGCCGCAAAUUCGCCCGAGCGACUUCGCGCGACUCCUUUCGCUUCCUCCUCCACGCCCAGAUUGCGGCGCGACUUGGCCGUGAGCGCGCGGUGCUCCUCCUCCUCCUCGCCCUCGCGCCCAGAUCCGGCCCCCAAUGGCGAGGAACCCGGCCUGCUCCGUCUACGUAGGCAACUUGGAUGAGAAUGUCCCUGAGAGAGUCUUGUAUGAGAUUCUUAUUCAGGCCGGCCAUGUAGUAGACCUACACAUACCAUGUGACAAGGAAACUGGGCGUCCCAAAGGUUUUGCUUUUGCUGAAUAUGAGACAGAGGCAAUUGCUCAGUAUGCUGUUAGACUUUUUCCAGGACUUGUUAGGCUUAAUGGUAAAACACUUAAAUUUGCGCUUUCUGGACAAGACAAGCCCUCAUCAAAUGGCAAUAUUCCAGUAAUGCCUAAACUCAACCCUAUACCAUUACCAAAGCAGACUCAGUUUGUGCAUUCUAGUGAUACGCUUGUGUCGCAUAAACCAGCAUAUCCGGUGGUAAAUGGUGGGGUUCCACAUAAUGGUUUUUCACAAGGCUAUCAUCCUUACAAUGUUCACCCUCAAGCAUUACCACCUCGACCGGUGCAUGAGGACCGAGAGUUUGUACAUGGUACGUAUGGUUACAACAGUCAUGUAUAUGGUUCUGUUCUGAAUGCUAGCUACGGAGGUUAUGUUGUGAAUGCUGUUGGUCACGGAGCUAUGAGGCAGCCAAUCAUUUACCCAUCCUACUAGGUUGUAGACACCAAAGAGCGGGAUCUGGUAUGCAAAGUAGGCAGGUUAGAUGUAGCUUCUUAGUUCCUUGAAUUCUCAGUAGCAUCUUGUUUGUACCUUUGCACUUCAUUUCCAUGCAUGUAAAUAGGGCUGGUAUUUCUGUUUUAUCAACACUAAGUUGGCAAUGGAAGGCUCUGCCCAGUACAUUGUACACCCUUUGUACU